AUGAAAGCUUCUGUGUCAAGAAGAAGGUUACUUUAAAUCUGUAUCAAUAUCAGCUCCACGACGGCGAUUCGUCGUUGUCCUCCGAACCAAGCAAACUCCGAUCCCUCACCGUGGCUCCGGAUAUUUUACGGCGGUUGUUCCCGGCUCGGACUCGAAGAAUUGUCCGGAUUCUCCCUUUGACCAGGCUGGAGAUGAACCUUUUCCGGUUCUGCUCCGGUCUGAAAGUCCUCGGCUAUUUCAUGAUCCUUCUUGUCGUCGCCGUCGUUGGUGUAUCUUACUACGCCGUCGUAGUUAGCACAUGGUGGCCGAUCUUGAUCCGCGGAGACCAUGGAGCUUUAUCCGCCCUCGCUGCCUUAAUCAUCUUUGUUUUCCAUUUCCUGCUGAUAAUGCUGUUGUGGAGCUACUUCACAACAGUUUUUACAGACCCAGGUUCUGUUCCUGAGCAUUUCAGAAGAGAAAUGGGAGGUGGUGACAGUUUGGAGGCUGGUACUUCGACAGAUCAAGGAGCUUUUGGCUCUUUAGGUUACUGUACCAAAUGCCGGAAUGUUAAGCCGCCUCGUUGCCAUCAUUGUUCUGUGUGUCAAAGAUGUGUUCUUAAGAUGGAUCAUCAUUGUGUUUGGAUUGUAAACUGUGUUGGAGCACGCAAUUACAAGUUUUUCCUUCUCUUUCUGUUCUAUACUUUUCUUGAGACAAUGUUGGAUGUUAUUGUCUUGCUUCCUAGUUUCAUUGAAUUCUUCAGCCAAGCUAUAAAGCAUUCUUCUUCUCCGGGUAAACUGGCCUCUCUCGUUCUGGCAUUCGAUUCUAUCCCCUUGAUGCAGUUCUUAACUUUGCGUUCGUUCUCAGCCUUCUUUGUUUCGUAGUCAUGCAUAUUUCUCUUCUCUCAUCCAACACUACUUCAGUUGAGGUUCAUGAGAAAAAUGGAGAAGUCAGAUGGAAAUAUGACUUAGGAAAGAAGAAAAACUUCGAGCAGGUUUUUGGGAAGAAGAAGGCGUUUUGGCUCCUCCCAUUGUACUCUAAAGACGAUAUCGAUAACAUAACUUCCCUUGAAGGCCUUGAAUUUCCAACUUGUUCUGACAUCGACCCUUGAUUGAAAGUUGAAACAAAAUCAAUCAAUCAUAUUCGAAACAGCCUUCAACUGCACUCCAAUGUAGAUAACUCUCUACUCAAAAAGAAUUCUCAUUGCCAAUUGUUGUUGUAUUAUUGUAAUUGAUUUGAUUCAUUUCUUUGCUUCUUGUUGAAAGUCUAAGUUCGUUUGACAUCUUCAGACUGUAAUGUUAUGUGAUGAGACCCAGUGAUAACUUGUUGUAUAAGUAAACAACGUUGCACAAGGGCUAGGGAAAGCAAAAACACCAAAUCUGA